GUGCAGCAGCCUAUUCGGAUUGUGGCCCUAGCAGCCUCCUUGGCGAAUGCCAAGGAUGUGGGCGAAUGGAUUGGAGCUUCUUCCGGUUUGUUCAAUUUCAGUCCGAACGUUCGAACGGUUCCUUUGGAAUUGGUGAUUCAAGGCUUUGAUAUUCAUCAUCGUUCUACUCGUUUGUUGGCCAUGAGUCGUCCCGUCUAUCAAUCCAUCAAGCAAUUCAGUCCUGAGAAGCCUGUUAUCGUGUUCGUCCCCGACCGGAAACAAGCACGAAUGACGGCCAUCGAUCUGCUCCUCCAUGCGGCCUCCGACGAUAAGCCCAAGCGCUUUUUGCACGUGAGCGACGAAGCCAUGCGACCGCAUCUCCAAGCGGCACGCGAAAAGAGUUUGAAACAAACCUUGGAAUACGGCGUGGGCUUCUUGCACGAAGGCUUCAGUGCCACGGAGCGCGCGGUGAUCGAGCGGUUGUUUGAGGCGGGCGCCAUCCAGGUCCUGGUGGCCACGGAGCAGCUGGGUUGGGGAAUGACCAUGUUAGCCCAUUUGGUGAUUUUGAUGGAUACCAAGAAAUUCGAUGGAAGAGAAAAUCGCUAUGUGGAUUAUCCCAUUCACGAUGUCUUGCAGAUGAUGGGAAGAGCCAGUCGUCCGGGCAUCGAUCAGAGUGGAAUGGUCGUGCUAUUGACACAGAACAGUAAGAAGGAGUAUUACAAGAAGUUCAUUUAUGAACCGUUGCCCGUGGAAAGCCAUUUGGAUCAACGGAUGGCCGAUCACAUGAAUGCCGAAAUCGUGAUGAAGACCAUUGAAAACAAGCAAGAUGCCGUGGAUUGGUUGACUUGGACCUUUUAUUAUCGGCGUUUAUCGCAGAAUCCCAAUUACUAUGGUCUCCAAGGGGUGACGCAUCAGCAUUUGUCGGAUCAUCUAUCGGAGGUCGUGGAGAACACCGUGGAAGGUUUGGAACGUUUCGGUUGUUGUUCCAUCGAAGACGACGUCGAAUUGGCUCCGGCCAAUUUGGGUUUGAUCGCCGCCUACUACUACAUCCGUCACACCACCAUCGAGACCUUCAGCCGUUGCGUCAACGAGCAGACGAAACGAAAAGGCACAU